AUGCGCUCGGUACGGACCGGAGUAUCAGCAGUGACGUACGAGGCAAAUUCAGUCAUCGUUGUUGGCGGAUUCAAUGGAGUACGACGAUUGAAGAGCACUGAAUUCUACGACCAACGCGUAGGACUUUGGUAUCCACUACCUGAUAUGGAAAUUACUCGAUCCAACUUUGGAAUUGAAAUAAUGAACGGUUGUAUAUACAUAGCUGGUGGAUUCGACGGGACUCGAACUACAAGCACUGUAGAAAGAUUUGAUAUGAGGGCCUACAAAUGGGAGACACUGCCGUCGAUGAGCAUCCCAAAAUCCGCACUGCGACUGAUUCGCAUAGCCGACCACGAUGUGAUAAGAAGCUUUAUCAACUUCCAUCAACACAAAGUCGACUUCAUC